CACCAUAGAUUUUGUUAUUUUUUUAUUUAUUUACAAUUUGCAUACGAAAAUAUAACCCCAUUUAAAUGCAAAUAUAAUUAUUUUUAAUAAAAACUAUGUAAAUUAUACGAAUACAAAACAAAAUUGUUUUUGUUUAAAGAAAAAUUUGAUGUAUUUAAAACAAAAAUAGCUUAAGACUAGAUAACUACUAACAACAUAAGACUAAACAUACAUCAUCAGAGCGGUAGAAUAAGUGAAAGUUCCGGCAGACAUGGCCAAUAAUAUAAAACGAGUUAUUUUAAUAAGCGGCAAAAGAAAAUGUGGCAAAGAUUAUUUAUCAGAGAAAUUACAAAAGCGCUUAGGUGAACGUAGUCAAAUUGUAAGAAUUUCUGAGCCCAUAAAAUCAGAAUGGGCACGUAAAAUGAAUCUCGAUUUAAAGGAACUAUUAAGUGAUGGUCCUUUGAAGGAAAAAUAUCGUAAAGAUAUGAUAACAUGGAGUGAUGCGGUUAGAGCUAGAGAAUAUGGUUAUUUUUGUAAGGUAGCCAUGGAAAAGGCUCAAGCGGAAAUCGUUAUUGUUAGCGAUAUAAGACGUAAAAAUGAUAUAAAAUAUUUUCGUCAACAUUAUGGUAAUAAAAUUUUAACUAUACGUUUAACUUGUCCCGAACUAGUGCGAGCAGAAAGAGGUUGGAUUUAUACAGUAGGUAUUGAUGAUAUAGAAUCAGAAUGCGGUUUGGAUAAUUAUGAUUCAUGGGAUUUAGUUAUUGAAAACAAUAAUCAAUUGGACGGUGAUCAAGUUAUUGAUUUGAUUAUAAAUAAAUUUGACUUUUAAUAUGAUUAA